UAGAAUAGCGUAUCGGUGUUUUCCAACACAGGCGCAACAAGGAAAAAACGAAGGACAGACGGUAGCGCGUGCUAAUUUACACAUAGAUGUAGGGGCUUGGGUACAGCGAGCGCCAUGAACUUCCCCCUGGCGAACGCCAACAAGGAUACCCUGCGGGCCGCCUGUAAAAAAUGUGGCUACGCGGGUCACCUGACCUAUCAAUGCCGCAAUUUCCUCAAGGUGGACCCCAACAAGGAGAUCCUGCUGGAUGUGGAGAGUACCAGUUCGGACUCGGAGCUCGACUACCUCACGCCGCUCACUGAGCUGCGAGCCCAGGAGCUGAAAGGCGGCGCCGAAGUGCCACCUCCCGCUUCAACCACCGCCUCCGCCGCCGCAACAGCCGGCAAGGAUAGGGAUAAAGAUAGGGAACGGGAGCGGGAUAAGAAGCGAAGCGGCUCCAAACGGAGCCGCGAGGCUGCCACUGAAAAGGAUAAGGACAAGUCGAAGAAAUCCCUGCGGCACAAGAAGCGCAAGAAGAAGUCUAGUAAGCACAAAAAAAAGGAUGCUACGAAGAAGAGUUCAAAGAAAAGUAGCAGCAAAAAAUCCAAACGACGCCGCAGCUCCUCUAGUAGCUCCUCCUCCUCCUCCUCCACUGAUUCGGACUCCUCCUCCACAUCCGACUCGGAAUCUGAAUCAGAAUCGGAUUCCAGCGACAAUGAAGAGUCGAGUACCAGCGAGUCGGACGAGUAUGGGCGCAAGAAGAAGCGACAGGGAAAGUACAAGCGAAAGGCAGACACCGCUCAGAUGCGCCGCAAGAAAACAAAGGUGAAGCGCAAGCGUCAUCGCGCCGGCGGUUCCUCGGCCCAAACGGCCGGCAGCUACCUAAGCAGUCUCAGCGACAGCAGCACCUACUGAGAGAACUAUGAUACCCGGAUGACUGCCAGCUCCAAUUCCAAUUCCAUAGCGGAUGAAUAAUAAUAAUCCCCGUACCCUAGACUUGUCGUAGCCCUUAAGUUAAAGCCCAAUUGUGCUGCAAAUACAAACAAAAAAUUAGUUCAUACAAGAGAGGAUUUUUGUUAACGAUACAA